UUAACCUUUUCUAGGUAAACUACAGCAGAAAGAAAAGAAACAGAAAAAAAAAAGUUGAAAAAUUUUCCCAACAAGACCCUGAAAUACAAAUCUCGAAAAUGGAGAAACUUUACCCCAAAAUUUUGGCUCAAUAUCUCCCGCUAUAGCGGGCGAAUGAAAUUCAAAAAGUGCGCGCCUCGUCUUCAAUUCUCAAAUACCCCCACUCUUGACCCAAAUUGAAAUUCAAUCUCAGACUAGAGACACAGAAUUGUCUGAAUCUGAGAGCCACAAGAUCCCAGCCUCGAGCAAAUGGCCGGAGUUCGUGUCGUCGGUGGCCGGAUCUACGAUUCCGAGAACGGAAAAACCUGUCACCAGUGCCGGCAGAAGACUAGGGAUUUUGUGGCGUCGUGUAAGAAUCUGAAGAAGAAGGCUCGCUGCACCAUUAGCUUUUGUCAUAAGUGCCUCUUGAACAGAUAUGGAGAGAAGGCUGAAGAGGUGGAGCUUUUGGAGGACUGGAACUGCCCCAAAUGUAGGGGGAAUUGUAAUUGUAGUUUCUGCAGGAAGAAACAAGGCCUCAAACCCACUGGUCUACUUGUUCACACAGCCAAGGAAGGUGGGUUCGGUUCGGUUUCGGAGAUGUUGACUGCGAGAGGACCGGAGAAUUUUGGUAUUGAGAGGAAGGUUGCGGAGAAGGUGGCUGUCGAUGGAAAGGAGAACUCUGUUGAUCAAAAGAUUGAGGCCAGCCUGAAUUCAACACAAAAUCCUGAGGAGGGACAAGUCAAGAAAACAAAGAGGAAAGGAUUGAAGGAAAUCCGUAAUGGCAGCAGGGAUGAUCCUAAAGUCUCCGAGGAUGGCAGCAGGGAUGAUCCUAAAGUCUCCGAGAAUGGCAGCAGGGAUGAUCCUAAAGUCCCCGAGGAUGGCAGCAGGGAUGAUCCUAAAGUCUCCAAGGAUGUUGCUGUAAAAGAGGUGAAAUCAAGAAAGAGAAAAAAUAAAGAUCGAAGAGAAGAAGCAGAUGAUGCGAAACUGCAAGGUGAAGAAGUUCAAAAUGUUGUGAACAACAAUGAUGUCAAGAGGAAGAAAAAGGCCAAGGACAAGGUCAAGAGUAGCAAAGAGACUUGCAGAGUUGAGGAAUGCACCAAGAAUAUUCUGAACAAAAAAGUUGAGCCUGAGCUUCCUUUGCCUGAGGGCAUUCCCUUAACAAGUGUCUUGGGAAUUGAACUGCCUCCUGAGGAUGCUGGAAAUGCUCUGCAAUUUAUGGAAUUUUGUUCAGCUUUUGGAGAGGUUCUCAAAUUCAAAAAAGCACAGGCUGAAUCUAUAAUUGGUGAAUUACUGCGCCAACGAAGUGGGCGAGCUGGCCGCCCUGGACAAUACUCCUCACUUAUUCGGUUUCACAUGCAACUAUUAUCUCUACUACAGGAGGAUAUGGGAGAGGAGCCUUCAUCUAUAGAUGAAAUGAGCCACAAAAAUUCAUGGUUCCAAGAUCUGGGUAAAUGCAUCUCUGAAUCUGAGUCUGAACACCUGUUGAAGGAACUGCCUACAGAUUGUUUCAGUAGAGGUGGUGCUGGAUAUGAUAUCUUAGACCUCUCUCAGAAGCUCAGACUCUUAACUUACCUUUGUGAUGAGGUGAUUUGCACUUCUAAACUGAGGAGCUGGAUAGAAGAACAGCAUGAAAAGAUUGUUGAAAGCGAAAAGGAAGCAAAAGGAAAAGUUAAUGCAGCCAAAGAUAAGGAAAAACUCCUCAAGCGGAAGUUGCAAGAUGAGGUGGCGAAGCUUAUUAUUGCAAAAAAUGGUGCUCCUCUGUCAAUUUCAGAACAUGAAGCUCUUGUUUCACAAAUAAAAAGUGAAGCAGCUCAAGCUCAUGCUGAGUUGCUUGAAGCAGAGGGCAUAGUGCCUAAAAAGAAACAUAGACGUGAUGCUUUAAGAACGGAGCCUUAUCGUGUGGAUGUUGAUGGCCGCAUCUUUUUGAAAUUAAAGGGUUACAACAAUGGAGAAGAUAUCGUGCUUCAAGAUUUGGGGGCCUGGGAUGCAGUUGUAUCUAAAGAAGAAUGGUUUGUUUAUGGUGCGGAGACAAAGGAAGCAAUUGAAAAUUACUGUUCUUCUUUAAGGAGAAAAAAGUCUAGUGGAACCAUGUCGCAAACUGUUCCUCGUGAAAGUGAUGAAGAAAACAUGUAGAUGAGGGCCAUGGUUAUUUCAAAUGGCAUAUACUCCUAAUUUGCUUUACAAUUGAAUAGUGUAGAUCAUCAAGAGAUUGGCUGCUUCUGUCCGAAAGGAAUUGUCAGUGUUGUAGAAGUAGGUUCACAUACACAGUUGCAAGUAUUUUGGCUGCCCAAUUGUUCUGCAUAUCUUCCUAUAUGGUGAAGCUGAUUCAGAAGUGUUGUAUUUUGAUUUGUAACUGGGAGUUGUACCCCACUAUUUUUUGGGCGAUCUUAAGGAAUUGUACAACAGAGGAACCCCAAACUGAUUAGUAAUUUCUGAGUUCAUAUUAUUUGCUGCAUUUGUUUGCAGAUUCA